UCUUCGAUGUUUCUUAACUGAAGUGGCUUUUAAUGCAUGACACUUUGAAAUUCAGAUAAAAAUUAUAUCAAUAAAAUGGAUAUGAGCGUAUUGGAAUGGAAAAAAGUCAAUUUAUUUAAUAUAGUUCCAUUACCGUUUGUCAAAUGCCCGGCCAUCUCAGAAACAUCGUGCUUCUGCUACAACGAAUCCAAGUUAAACAGUGAAGAAACUAAAAUAAAAAUAGUGGUCUGCAAUGAAGACGGAUUUAUUUUUGUAUACUUUUCCAACUGGGACUGUAUUACCUUCAAAUCACCAACUAAAAGAAAUAAUUUUAAAUUAUGUUCUCUUACAUCAAACAAAUGGCUUGCAACUGUGACACAGGAUACGAAUUAUGAUAUUCAUAUUGAUAUAUUCGAUUUAACAAGAUUGACUCGAAAACAAGGUGCUCCAAUAAUUGCAUCUGCAUAUUUUCAAGUAACAAGUUCAGCUACUUGCAUUAAUGCAGAAAGCAUUGAUGAAAAAUUACUUACAUUAGCUGUAGGUUUCGAGAAUGGUGAUCUUUUAUUGCAUUAUGGUAAAAUGAGUAAACUUUUUUCUGCAAAUAUUCGCCAGUAUACUGUUUCUGGAUACAAAAUCAAUGGAAUACAUUUUGAAUUUAAGGCCGUGCAAUCGGAUAUUUCGAGUCCAAUCAUGUUUGUUACAUGUGUUCAAGGAGUUUAUUGUUUUUUGUUAAAAGAAAAGAGCUUAAUGGAACAAAAGUUUGUCCUCGAUAAUAAUAAAAACAAUGUCAACCAUUGUUGCACGAUGCGUAAGGACGGAUACAGAGAUUUUGAAGAAUCGAUGUUGGUGGUAGGACGAUCAGAUGCUGUAUAUUGCUAUACCUGUGAUGGAAGAGGUCCUUGUUUUGCUAUUGAAGGCAUAAAGAAAUGUUUGGCUUGGCUGGGUCACUAUCUAAUUGUUGUUGUUAAACCCAAAACUUCAAUCUUACAAAAAAAUAUCUCGACUGUAAUUAUUGUAGAUACAGAUAAUAAAAUAAUAGUUUUUUACAAGGAAUUCCAAGACUGGGUUUGUACAGUCUGCGAAAAUGAUUUUUGCUAUAUUAUAAGUCAUACUAAUAAUACUGGCAACGUAUUUUUGUUAGAGCAGUGCAGUAUAAAGAAUAAAAUACGCCUCCUUAUUGAAAAAAACAUGUACGAUAUUGCAUUAAGGUUGUUACAUCGAGAAGGUUUUACUUCCUCAAAUAAAGCGGCUUUAGUAAGGUUUCAGUACGGAAAUUAUUUACUACUUAAAGGCGACAUAAGUAGGGCAGUAAAUGAAUUUAAAAAAACUAUUGGUUUUAUUAGGCCGUAUGCUGUAAUUUCAAAACUUUUAUACUCUAGAUACAAUGAUUAUCUUAUUGACUACUUAUCGGAAUCGAGAAAAACAAGUAACGUAUCAAUACAUGUUACAAAAUUACUUGAGUGCUGCAAAAAUCGUAAACAAAUUCAACAAGAACUUUCAAGUUGUACACAUCUGGAAUUGAAAGAUUUUUUAAAUCUAUUAAAAAUUUAUUUUGGAUACACUCAGCAUAAUUACGAUAAAAAUGAAGAGGAACAUUUAAUGCACACAUUGCUAGAAUUUGGACCAGAAACGCUUAUCAUGGAUCCUACAACGUUUUUGGAAAAUAUUAAAUCGGAAAGUGCUCAAAAUGCACAAAAUAUUCUGUCUUUUUUUUCCAUUUUGCCAGAUUACAACGAUUAUUGUUCCAAAAUAUUAGCUGACAUUAUCAAAACUUAUCCGGCCAGUGACGAAAAGAUAUAUUUUUAUUUACUUAUUCUUUAUCUAGCUCUAUGGCGGGGACAAAAAGUUACCACUCGUUUUGUUUUGGAUUUUUUAAAAAAUAAGAGCUUACGUUUGGACAAAGCUUUAAUUAUGUGCAGACUUUAUUCAUUUUUAAACGGAAUAAAUGAACUCAAUAACAACCAACAGAAUGCCGCUACAAAACAGAGAGAAACUGUAAAUAGGGGUAUACAUACGUUAAUUAAAAAAAAUCCAAAUAUAACUUUAGAUUUCAAUAUAAGUGAAAGAUCAUUUCUUAUGAUGUUGAAAAGCUCUUGUUAUAAUGAAAAAAUAAAGUCAAUACAGAUUAAACCUGUAUUCAAAGAAAAAAUAAUCAGCAAUAUAGUGGAUUCCGCAAAUGAACUUAAGCUUAUUUCAGAUUUAAAAGAUAACUUAAAGAAAUACAGCUGCACACUCUCUCUCUAUACAAACAACCCUAUAGAGUUUCGUAACGAUUUAUGUGACAUCUGCCGUGAAACCUUAAAUACGCAGACCAUAUAUUUUCUUUGUCAGCAUUCAUUUCACAAAGAAUGUCUUCAUUUUAAUUCUGAAAAACAUCAAAAAGAAUUGAAAUGUGUUAUUUGCAAUGCAAAAAAUAAAUAUUUUAUUAAAAAAAAUGUGCAUUUGAACUCGGACUCUUCGUAUAUUAUCUCUGUAAUUGCAAAAGUAGUAUCUAUGGGAAUUAUGAAUCAAAAAACCAAAAAAACUUGCAAAAAAGAAGAUCGAGGCAAACGUGAAUCAGUUUCAGUAAAUAAUCCCUUUGAUUAAAAAAAAUGUACACUAAGACCUCUAUUAAAAAUAUUGUAAAAUAUAUUGCGAUGUAUUCAUUAUUGUAAUAAAACAACCUAUGGCCUUAGCAUUAUAAA